CUCCCACGCGUACCCUGAAGGUCAUUUCAAAUAAGUAAAAUCAAGUAGGUGGCCAGUAGUUUUCGUUUGCACUAGUAGACCACCGCACAUGUUGAGAAAAAUCAAUCACAUCUUCCCGCCUCCGUCGGUUUCCAAGGCAACGGGUAAACAGUGGGGAGACGACGUUGAUCCGCGCGCAACGUGUGUUGUGUUUCUCCUUUUAACUAUUUGCGAAGUAAUUGUAAGUUUUAUUGGUAAUAAGUGCUGUUUUCUGAAAAAUGGCUGACGAUGGCGCAGCGGCUCCUACGACAACAGUCGAAAAGAUUGUUCAUACAUAUCCACUUGUAAGGCAUACAGACAUGUCAGAAGAGAUGCGCAAUGAAGCAGUGGAAUUAACAGUGACGGCCUGUGAAAAGUUUUCCCAGAACAACGAAUUAGCUGCUCGCAUGGUGAAAGAAGCCAUGGACAAGAAAUUUGGACCAGCGUUUCACGUCGUCGUAGGCGAGAGCUACGGUUUCGAAGUAACCUACGAGUGUACAACGAUUUGCUAUAUUUACUUCGGCGGAAAUCAAGCCAUUUGCAUUUGGAAGUGCUCUUGAAGACAUUUUAUUUACAUUUUU